UCAGCAGCAUCACCAGAAAAUUUGCAACUUGCUAUAACAAGCUUGCAAAGGUUACAAGUUGAACCACAGCAAGUGGAAAUCUCACGAGGAUUGACCAGUAGCUGUCAGAGCGUUGUUGCUCAGAAGAUGACAUUCGCCAUGCUGCGCACGGCGCCUCCCGCAGGCCGCUUCUUGUACGGCGACAUCGCCCUGCUCUCCGAAGACGAUGAUGAGAACGGAAGCGAGGGCUCGGGCUCCGACGAGCGCACCACCAACUCCACCAGCUCUGCUGCCUUCCGCCUGUCCUCCUCAUCGCCAUCUGCCUUUCACAUCAAGGUGAACAGGAAGAGGAAGCUGUGCGGGGGAGGAGGGUGCGGAGGGGUAGAUAUAGGGGCCAUGACGGGAAGGCUUGGCCCCCCGGAGUCUUCUCCUUCUGGGGAGGGUCGUCAGAGGACCGCAGCCAACGCACGGGAGCGAGAUCGCACCAAUUCUGUCAACACAGCAUUCACAGCCCUGCGCACGCUCAUCCCCACUGAGCCAGCAGACAGGAAGCUGUCGAAGAUCGAGACGCUACGUUUGGCCAGCAGCUACAUCAGUCACCUGGGGAACGUCUUGCUCCUGGGAGAGGGGCUUCAUGACGGACAGCCGUGCCACACUCCCUCGCCACCGUUCUUCCACGUUAACUCCUCCCCCACUCGAGGAUCUGACCAAUCAGCUCAGCCAAAGCACAUCUGUACUUUCUGCCUCAGCAACCAGAGGAAAUUGAACAAAGACAGAGACAGGAAGACGGCCAUCAGAAGUUAACAGUGAGGAUACAAGCCACACGGAUAAAAUGC